CUUGCCUGCGGGAGGUGGGGGCGUUGCCGUGGUAACCGCAGUAAACCAGGCCUUGGGAAGAAGCUGUGACUGGGAGCACGCUGCGGAGUCGCCCCUUUGAGAGGAAAUGAAGGAACCAGAUGAUCAGGAUGCUGAUGAGGGGAAAUCAGAUAAGUCAAAGAGUGAUGCACACCAAUCUCAAGAGUCCUCUAAAUCUGUACCAAGGUCUACUCUAAAAGAUACUACAGAUGAACCAUUAACUGAAGGGGAAGAAUCAGAUUUAGAGGAUAAUGACUCAGAUAUGCUGUCAGAUAUGGAAGGAAGUACAAUUUCAUUUCAAUAUGAUUUUGUGGAAAACCUCGGAGAAUCUCAGUAUGUGGAGACUCCAGCCCCAGCUGAGGAAGAGGCAGAGGAGGAAGUUCAGAAGAAAAUAUCUGAGAGUUUCUUCUAUGAUUAUACGGCGCUAGCUUCUAUGCCUUUUGUGACUUCAGAUUCGACCGUACCACUGGAUCUUCUCGUACUGGAACAUUCCUUUGGCUAUGACUGCAGAAAGAGGGCCAACCUCCAGCUUCUGGACAGCAACACCCUUUUGUACGUAGCCGGGAACCAGCUGAUCUUGCUGAACUACAAAACCAAGGAGCAGACCUACCUGCGAAGCAGCAGUGGUAGAGGGAUUGGUGUCAUUGGGGUUCACCCCCAGAAAACUUAUUUCAUAGUAGCUGAGAAAGGAAAUUUUCCAGAUAUUAUCAUCUAUGAAUACCCUUCCCUGAGGCCCUACAGAAUCCUUCGAGAUGGGACUGAGUUGGCAUAUGCAUACGUGGACUUUAACUCCAGUGGUACCUUGCUGGCUUCUGUUGGUGGUAACCCUGAUCACACACUGACCAUCUGGAACUGGAAAGAGGAGCAGACCAUACUGAGGACAAAAGCUUUUUCCCAGGAAGUUUUUAAGGUUUCUUUCAAUCCUGAAGACGACGAGCAGCUUACCACAUCAGGAGUAGGCCAUAUCAAGUUCUGGGAAAUGGUUUUCACAUUCACAGGCCUCAAGCUUCAGGGUUCAUUAGGUCGAUUUGGUAAAACAGCCACUACUGAUGUAGAAGGUUACAUGGAGUUCCCGGAUGGGAAGGUGCUCUCAGGGUCAGAAUGGGGCAAUAUGUUGGUUUGGGAAGCUGGCCUCAUCAAAGUGGAGCUCUGUCGAUCUGCAAGGAAAUCUUGUCACCAAGGUCACAUUAACCAGAUAAUGCUAGAUGAGGGUGAAGUUAUCACUAUUGGGUCAGAUGGAUGGAUUAGGAUAUGGGAUUUUGAGACAAUAGAUACUGCUGAUGCUGUAGAUGAUACUGGAUUGUUAGAGAUUGAGCCCAUUAAUGAACUUCAAGUAGACAAGAAUGUUCAACUCUUCUCUAUGAUAAAGAUGAACGAAGUUGGAAAUAACCUUUGGAUGGCUCAGGAUGCCAGUGGAGCCAUGUGGAAGCUUGACCUUAGUUUUUCAAAUAUUACUCAAGAUCCAGAAUGCCUCUUCUCCUUCCAUUCUGGAGCUGUAGAAGCCUUGGCUGUCUCUCCUCUCACUUAUCUCAUGGCCACUACUGCCUUGGACUGCUCUGUUCGAGUCUAUGAUUUUGCUAGCAAAACGCCUUUAACACAGAUGAAAUUCAAACAAGGAGGUACAGCCCUUGCUUGGGUACCCCAAAUGGUAAACUUCAGUGGAGCACAAAUUAUUGUAGGAUUUGAAGAUGGGGUUGUUCGCAUCCUUGAACUUUAUGAUCCAAAAGGACUCACACUUUUUGCAGGACGGAAGAAAAUUUCAGAUGCAGAAAUUAGUUUGAAACAAGUUUUCAAACCCCAUACUGCUCAGGUCACUGCUUUAGCUUAUGAACGUGAUGGAGAAAUUCUGGCCACAGGGAGUAAAGAUCAAACAGUAUUCUUCUUUGAAGUGGAAAAUGGUUAUAGACCAAUCGGUUAUAUUAAUACUCCUGGACCUGUUUGCCAGUUAAUGUGGUCUCCCAUGGCUCACCCUGAAAGUACGUUACUGGUGCUAUGUGAGAAUGGCUAUGUUCUUGAAGCUCCAUGUCCAGCCAUAAAGGAGGACGGGGAGGAUCGCGACAUCGUCUCCUAUGAAAUCAAAGACAUGCCCAUAAAAUACUUCCAUUUCUCAAGUGUCAAAUCUAAGAUCCUGAGGUUUAUAGAAAUUGAAAAGAGAAAGGCACUGAAGGAGUUGAAAGAGAAGGAAAGGGAAGAAAGGAGGCAGCUCGCCGCAGAGCGUGGCGAAGAGGAAGUGGAGGAAGAGGAGGAGGAGGAGGAGGAGCAGCCAUUACCUGAGAUCUUUGUUCCACCAACCCCUUGUCACAUCCUCUGUGGAUUUUAUUCUGAACCAGGGAAGUUCUGGGUUUCUUUGGGUGGCUAUGAUUCUGGUUUUCUGUAUCACUGUGUAUUCCUCCCACAUGACACAAGCAUUAAUAUCACAGAAAGGAAAGAUGAGGCUAUUGAUUUCCGUCUUCUUGAGGAUACAGAGGAUAAUCCUGUCCAAACUAUUACUUUCAGUACUGACCAGGUUAUGAUGUUUUGUGGAAUGCGAAAUGGAGCAAUUCGAGUCUAUAUCCUGAAAGAGAACGAUCCUUCACUGACCUCCCUGGUGGACUACUGGCACUGCAGCAUUCACGACAAUGACUACGGCUGCGUGAAAGCCCUUGCGACUAGCUUUGAUGGCCGCUUCUUGGUGACUGCUGGAGCAGAUAGUAAUAUCUUUGUUUUCAACGUUUUUUCUGAAUUUGAGUUAAAGGAAAUCCUCAAAGCCAAAGUGCCUUCUCCUAGGCUUGGAAUUGAAAGAGAACCAAUUCCACAAGAUAUUGAAGACCCCAAAGCCUAUAGUAUUGAGAAUGCUAGGAGAAAAAGAGAACAUGAUAAGUUAAUGAAAGAGGUGGAAGAAAUAAAAGCUGGGAAGAGAGAAAAACUCAAAGCUUUGAGGAAUGAAUUUAGGAAACUACUGAAAAUGAAUGAAAAAUUACCACAGCAUAUGCAGUUUAAACGGACAGAUUUUGAUGUAGAUUCCAAAAUUCGUGCUGCGAUUGAUAGAAAAACAGUUCACAAAAUUAAAAAAGUGGAAAGCGAAUUAGCUUGGGAAAAAGAGAAGUAUCACCUUGGCCUAAUGAAGCUACAGAAUAGAUUUCGUGACUCACUGGAAAGUGAUGUUAUUGUGGUUAAUGCCAUACAAAGUGAUCACAAGAUAGCCUCCUAUAGACUUGUGAAGCCCUCCAAAUACUCCAAAUUCAAACGGAUAAGUCAACCAGAGAGAAAAAUAAGCAAAUUUGAGAGGCUUGAAAAAGAUGGAGUUGGAAGAAAGGAAAGCACGAGAGAUUCAGGUGGGGGUUUGGUUAUGCCAGAAGAAUCAUUGAUAGGAAAAGUGGAUAAAUACAGGCCUAGAACCUUAAGUGAAAUUAUGGUCAAUAAUCAAAUCGAGAAAACAAAGAAACUUAUAUUAAAAGCUGAAAAGGCCCAACUUAAGAUUCAGCAGAGAAAGAAGGAAUGGGAAGAACUCUACAAGAGUAAGCCUGAUGAUGACUUUGAAGACCCCAAAGAUGUUCAGGCCAUCAAAGAGGCCCAGCUGUACAUGGGAGACUUCAACCUGAAGACAGCCUCAGACUAUAAGAUACCAGAGCACAUGAGAAUGAAUGCUGCCAAGAAGGAAGAGGAGCUGGGCCAACUAGAUGCUUUGGCUUAUUCAAAGAAAAGGCACAUGAACAAGUGCAUCAUCUCCCUCCGAGACCUUAAAGUGGCUGUCGUAGAGGAGAUACAGUGUCUGGUACAAGAACUGAAGAACAUCCAGUCAGUUCUUCACGUAUCCAAGCACAUUCCCAUCCCCGAUAUCCCUCAGAUAUAUCCAGAAGAAGUUCCAGAAAAGAGAUUUCAUUAUGAUGAGGAAACUCUCCUAACUUUUCAGCGAGAGAAGAUAAAAAGUGAGGAUGAAAAGUGCCUCCCAAUGGAGCAGGCAGCGCCUGAAAACUUAAUCGGAGGAUUCCUCAGACCCUCUAUUGUAAGGGAAGGGGAUGUGACGACGCGCGAUUCACUGUCUAGAUCAUCAAAGGCAUCAACCCACCUUACAGAUAUUCCAAAGCCAGUAGAAUUUGAAAAAACAGAGCCAACCGACAUGGAGCUGGAGAUUAUGAAGCGGGAAGAAGUUAAACACGUGUACAUGCAGCAGUAUUUGGCCAACAGGGUCAGAGAACUUAUUGUCACUUUUGAUGCAGAACUUCGUCUCCUGAGACAUCAGAAACUGAAACUGGAUACUCAGAUGAAAUUAUCUGACUUGCACCAUCUCACAUUGUUUCAAGAAAUGCUUCUCCUCAAGAAUUUUGAAAAGCAGGAGAAUAUACUUCAAGAGCGUGUUAAUUCAUUAGACCAAGAGGAACAGGACAUGCAAUGGAAAAUAAAUGAAACUCUUAAAGAGAUGGAAGAGAAAAAGAUUGAAAUUGCAAAGCUCCAAGAACAAGAAAAGGCACUCUAUGCUAGUUUCCAAGCAGCCCUGGGAGAAAACAAUAAAUUUGCUAACUUCCUCAUGAAGGUCCUAAAGAAGAGGAUUAAGAGGGUGAAGAAAAAGGAAGUUGAAGGAGAUGCUGAUGAAGAUGAAGAAAGUGAAGAAUCAAGUGAAGAAGAAUCAAGCUUGGAGAGUGAUGAGGAUGAGUCUGGAUCUGAAGAUGAUGUUUUUGAUGACUCCAUCUGCCCCUCAAAUUGUAAUGUAAGUCUUUUUGAACUGGCCCUUCAACUUAGAGAAAAGAGGCUGGACAUUGAAGAAGCCUUAGUUGAAGAAAAGAAAAUUGUCGAUAACCUCAAAAAGGAAUAUGACACAUUGUCCAAAAAAGUAAAAAUUGUGGCAACUAAUCUGAACGCAGCAGAGGCAGCCUUGGAGGCUUAUCAACGAGAGAAGCAGCAGCGGCUGAAUGAACUGCUGGUUGUGAUUCCACUCAAGCUCCACCAGAUAGAGUAUGUAAUAUUUGGAGAAAUACCUAAUGACCUUUCUGGAACAUUGGUCUUUUCUAAUCACUCCUUGAGUCUGCUGCAAGAGCGAAUCGUAUACCUUCAGGAGGAAAAUGCCAAGCAGCGCAAACUUAACAAAGAAUACCGGGAGAGGCGUAAACAGCUUAUCCGAGAAAAAAGACAGAUGGCAAAAACUAUCCAGAAAAUGGAAGAGACAGUUCGUCAACUAAUGAUCAGCAAAUUUGGCCGUGUGAUAGACCUGGAAGCCCUUCAGACACUCUCUGUGAACACAACACUUGAAGAACUGAAGAUCAGAAAACUUCGAAAGGAGCUAUCGAAUGCAAAGGAGAUGAAGAUGUGGGAGGAAAAGAUUGCUCAAAUGCGAUGGGAAUUGAUGAUGAAGACAAAAGAACACACCAAAAAGCUUCAUCAGAUGAAUGAUUUAUGUGUUGAAAAGAAGAAACUGGACUCUCGGCUGAAUACGUUACAGAACCAGCAGGGCAAUGCCUUCCAGGCUCCUCGGAAAGCAGAUAUUGUGGCAAAAGAGAAGGUCACUAAAUUGAUCCAAAUCCAAGCACAAAGAAUUGUGGCCUUAAAGGAAGAGAUUGCUCUUCUGCGUAAGAAAGGAGGUCUCACCCUCCCACCCAUUCGGUCUCCACAGCAGAACUAGAUAAAGUCCACGGGGCUCGAGGUUUGCCUUUUGGACAUGUGCUUCACCAGAAGGUCUGUUUUUUUUGGUCACGUACUACAAUCUUAUUUUAAAGUGAACUUAUCUAAAAGUCUAAAUCCAGAUCUUAGUCAUGUAGUUUUAAUAAUUUCUCUCAUUUGGUUAUUUUAGAACAGACUGUAGCACUUAACAUCUAUUUAUUAAUGAACUGAACCAUUUUAGAUUUGUUUAGAACCAAGUCUAAACAAAAGGCUGCACCUCAAAACUGCAACAAAGCAUGUGUUUUAGGGAAGUUUGUAUUUGGUUUUCUGACAUUUUAGCUGUUGGCAAGAAAAGCUAUCAUUCAGCAAUCCAUCCUUUUUUUUUUGAUCCUUGGAAAAUAAACUUUGACGAUAAGUUUUCUGAGAGGACAUGAGAAAAAAACAAACUUAUUUUGCCAACAUCAUCACAGAAUAAGAAAUGCAAUUUAGAAUUCCGACAUUGUUAACGUCAUGAAACAAUUAUUUGAGGAUUCAGGCAAUGCAGAGAUGUACCAGAGCAGUCUGCUUUGGGUUAGCAGAAAGCAGGCAAAUAACCAGCUUCCUGAAUCACCCACAGUUUUAGCAAACUCAGCUCUGACAGGAAUAGCAGGAUAUGUUUUCCAGAAUGGCCAAAAAAAGGUUUUUUUUUUCCCCCCCUCUGAAGAUGUUUAUGACUCUACCUGUCUUCUAAGUAUUCCCAUGGUUUCUCAAGUCUUACGCCGCUUUCUCUCAGGUUCUACUUGAGUCAUUUGCUGUUUUUGAUAUAGAAGUAAUGAGGCAAGAUCAAAAUCAUUCUGAAGGAACAUCUCUAACAAUCACUUUGGAAGGUAUAUGGCAUUUUAAACUAAUUUGGGAGUGUCUUUUUGAUUUGGGGGUAAGUGGCCACUGGGAUCUUGGAAUGAGCUCACUGAUAUUUGGAUCGCUGUUGGUAACACAAUGGAGCACUUUGAUUCAGACCUCAAGGACUUAUUCCAUUGGAGCUGUCUCAGAAUAUAAAGUUGGUCACUGAGAUGGAAAGGUGAAGAAGGCAAUACUGCUUUAAUGUAGACAGGGACUCAGCAAUGUCAAGUAUCCCUAACCCGUGGCUAGCUUGCUGAGCUGCCCGCCCCAAAUUAUAAAGAGGAUUAACUUGCUUUGUAUGUUACAAUAUAUGUGUAUGUGAGAGCUGGACACUUGAUCUCUAAGAUUCUUUCAUAUUCCUGUUUAAGAAGUCUGAAUAGUUUGUGCCUAUCACCAUAAAUCUCUGGUGUAGUAGCGUCUCUACUAGAGAGAAUACAUUUUUAGCACCUUUUCUACUAUAUGCUCUAAACUAUGUGUGUCUUUGAAUCUUUUAGGAAAAUGUUCUAGUCACAGCUGUUUUACUUAUUUACUGCUGCAUAGUUUCAAACAACAAGAACCAUGCAGUCACCACAACACUUGUGCCUUCAUCCAUAAUGUUUGGAAUUCUAUUUUUUUGGAUUAGAUGGAUAACUUUAGUUUCAUGUCUGCUUUAGUUUCAUGUCUGCUUGAAUCCAGAUUCAGUCUUGACUCGAUAAUUUUAAUGAGCAUUCAAAGCUUUGGAAAGUUCAAACAGGAGACACCCAGUAUACAGCUUGGGCUGGGGGGAUGGAAAACUAUCCUGCUUCCCACAUCAAGGAGUUCUCUGCCCUGACAGAAGGCAGCCUCACCUGGAAAGGCCAGAAAUCAGUUUGAAUUAAGUUACUUGUGGAUCUACUGUUAAUAUAACUUGAAAGAAAAAAAGACAACUGUGGAGUCCAAACUUUCUGUCACAACUUCACAGUAAAGAGCGUGAUUAUUGACACCAAGGCGGCCUGUCCCACGUGGGAAGGCUGCCCUCUCAGAGAGGUCUUGAGCUGAGCUCUGUGUCCCCCACCAGGUCCUGCCCACUUGGCCUUACGCUACCCCUUAGUAAUUUAGAAGCCUCUGUUGGCCGAGUUAAAUCUAAAUUUUAAAAUGAAUCUAAAGAAAAGCAAUGAAAUUAAAUAUUCAGAACUUCCCAAAGCUUCGAAUGCUCAUUCAAUGAACUGAAUGAAAACGGAGUAAUUUCACUUUCUAGGCUGAAAUUUGAAAGCCUAAUGGUUCCAUUCUUUCCUGCAAUUAUCUCUGUCCUUUAACAUGCAUUAAAAGCACUACUGUUGUGGUACCAAUGCUGGGCAGUAAACAAUGUCACUCAUCACAGAAGUUCACCAUCUUCACUUUGGAGAUAAAAAAUUUUAAGACAAUGGGAUAGAUAAUGUUAGCGCUCAAAUUUGAGAGUCCCUGGAUUAACUGAGUGAAGAGCGAGAGCACUGGUCCUGCCCCACACUUACCCUUAGUACCAGGUUGUCUGAAGUCACGUCUUCUUCCCAUUUAAAUGUUCUUUAUAGGCCUUCAAUUUAUUUCUUAACAUUUUAAAAAUACUGCUUUUCUGAAAGUCAUGUUGUCUUAGUUCUUUUUCCACUUCAGCUGUUUGAUGGAAAAGAUACAGGAAACCUAGAGAGCAGGUGCUGUGUUUGCUCUGGCCAGCAGAGGGCGCGCUUGUCCUAGACAGUCCGUUACUCCUGAGCUUUCCAAAGAUCUUGUUUCUCAAAUUUGUGACUAGAGUGUGGCAGUUCAUCUGUUACUCCACUUUACUGAAAUCUAGAAAAUGUUUUCCUUCUGAGAACACUUAAAUUGUGUUAGGGCUUUCCCUGCAAACUUCAGCCUUCAUCUAGUUAUAUCAAGAUUGAUCUGUGGUUGGACAGCAGUAAGCAAUGUUGUUUUGAAACAACCAGUGAGUGAACUCCUCUGGCUAUGUUGGUAGAUUUUUGGAAAAAAGGGAAAUGAGUUUUAUCAGGCACAACAUGUUCAUGCGUGUAGCACAGCAUUUAAGCAAUUACCAACAUUUUGGGGAAAAUAUUUGGUCUUCGACACACACUGAGGUAGAAAAGCUUAGUUUCAUUGACAUUCAACAGUUAAAGACAUUUGCUACCUUCCUUUUCCCUAUCUCCUCUCUUGAUAAAUCUGGGAACAGCACAAGUGGGUAUUUUCUUCAAAUACUCAAACUGAAGCCUAACAUGGAAAGAGACUGCUGAGUCAUAAGUGACUAAGUUGAAGGCUACGGGGAAGACUAAACAUUUAUUUAGAAGUUACAGUGUUUGUUUUUACAGCGAUAUGUUGCCACAGAUUAUUGAUUCUGGAAGGUUUGUUAAUGCUUAUAGUACUUAUAAUGCUUCUAGUACACAACAAAGUCCAUUCUCACCGGCCUCUUCUGAAAACAUGUCCUGUAGCAGCAGCUCCGUCCUUGUGCGUGGGGAUCUCCAGCCGGUCACGUGCGGUCCCUGCUUUGCCCUCUUGGUCGUGGCGGCUUCUCUGUGGGCCUCCAGGCAGUGGCAGGAAUUCUGAGUGAAGAGCUGUUCCUCUUUCUUGGCUGACUCGUGUUCGGUUGCAGCUUGUUUUCCUUCUCAUACCUCCAUGGGUAGGAUUCCCUUGCUCUCUCCAGAAUUAUAAAAAACAUACAUUUAUUUACAAGUGCAUAAAUAUAUAAAUAUGGCUAUUAUAGAAAAAUAAAUACCAAUUUUCUGUCUUUUUUUAAAAUAA